AGCGCCCCAGCAGCAGCAGCGGCGCGGCCCCUGCGGGAAGAAAUGGGUCAACCCCCCACCCCCUUCCCACAACCCUUUGUUCUGCCGUCUCGUACUCGGGUUGCCCUCCAAACGCCGUACCGGGUAGGCAACCCAGCGUACGCGCGUGUUGGCCGCGUUGCGGUCCUCGCAGCUGCAGGCUGACUGCAGCGCAGCCGGCUGUGACGUAACUACCCCAAGUUGCUGUACUUAAAGCAGAAGCCCGAGCUGAGAGGCCGACUUUUCGCGGCGUUUCACCUCUUGAGAGAGCUUUGUACAAGUCCUGAAACCAGAGAUCAAUUAUUUUGAAAUCAUCUUCUUGCUUCAUGCACAACCAGACCCUGUCAUGAUUCGAUCGCGAAGCACAUCGCUUUUUGGGGGGCCUCUGCUCAGGUUAUGUUCAUCUGAGUUAAAUUCAUUUGCACAAAAACCCAUAAAUCACAAUGGCUGUAAGAAGUACCUCUGGAAUGCAUAUUUUCAACGUACCAUGGCUACUUUGCAAAGACCAGUCAAUCCAGGUCAAGCCAAAGGCAUACCUCCACGAGCAUUGUUUAUGUUGACAAUUCCUGCGGCUGCAUUUGCAUUAGGCGUCUGGCAGGUCAAAAGAAAGGCAUGGAAGGAAGAACUACUUGAACACAUGCACAGAAGGAUACAUAGGAACCCAAUUCCUUUACCGCUCAC